AUGGCCGGGGUGUUUGAGGUGGAAGUUGAUGGCGUGGAGCACAACCAUGGACUGGAGCAUCAUGACGAAGCACAUCAGAUUGACCUGUCCAAGCUUUCACCAGAGGAGAAAUGGAGGGUGGAACAUGCACAAAUGCAUGCCAAACAUAGAGGCCAUGAGGCAAUGCAUGCAGAGAUGGUCUUAAUCCUAAUAGUCACUUUAGUCAUUGCUCAGCUAGUUCUUGUCCAAUGGAAGCAAAGACAUUCUAAAUCGUACAACUUGGUGACCCUGUUUCAAAUGUGGGUGGUACCACUCUACUUUACAACCAAACUCCAUUGGUGGAGAUUCCUGACCACCUGGUUUAUCUUCUCCACCAUCACAGCAUAUGUCUCGUUUCGUGCUACUCGCAAGCCACUUGCCUGCACUACACCAAGGUUGGUGUACAAGUGGUUCCUCCUCCUCUAUAAGAUUAGCUACUCCACUGGAAUAGCUGGAUACAGUGUUGUCAUGUUUACACUCUUUGGUAUAAACCUUAUAUUCAGGAUAAAACCAGAGGAUGCUAUGGAUUUUGGAGUCUCCCUCCUCUUCUAUGGCCUUUACUACGGGGUCCUUGGACGGGACUUUGCAGAAAUGUGUGCUGAUUUCAUGGCAUCCACAAUAGGUUAUUACAGCGCUUCUGGAAUGCCAACCAAGCACCUGUCUGAUGAUAUCUGUGCAGUGUGUGGUCAGCCCAUCCUUGUGGAUGUGAAUGAGGAAGGCAUCAUCGAGAACACCUACAGGCUGAGCUGUAAUCAUGUUUUCCAUGAAUUCUGCAUAAGAGGAUGGUGCAUUGUGGGUAAGAAGCAGAUGUGCCCAUACUGUAAAGAGAAGGUUGACUUGAAGAGGAUGUUUAGUAACCCUUGGGAAAGGCCACAUGUCAUGUAUGGACAGCUUUUGGACUGGCUUCGAUACCUAGUUGCUUGGCAACCUGUGAUCAUUGGGGUUGUUCAAGGGAUCAACUACAUUUUGGGUUUGGAGUGA